AUGAAUAAAAGACAAAGAGAAAUGGAUGAUUAUGAUAGUGGUCGUAGUAAAAUUCAUAAAUUUUCAACUAUUCCGAGUAACAGUCACAAUAAUGUUGUUGAUUUAACUAAUGACAUCCAUGGUAUGGAUAAGUAUAACAAAUUUACUGCUUUGUUAGAUGAUUCUAGUUCUGAUGAUGAUAAUAAUAUAGAUAAAAAAUCUGACGGCCAACCUGUGUCAUCUAAUAAAGCAAUUUUAGAUUUAAAAAAUGGUAAUGGAGAAGAUAAAUUUACAAAGUUCACUGCUUUAUUAGAUGAAUCAAGUAAUGAUGAGGAUGGCAAUGACAAUGAGGAGAAACAAUCUAAUAAAAAUCACCCAGUGUCAUCUAACAAAACACACUUAAAUGAAAAAGAUGGUAAAAGUGAAGAUCAGUAUACUAAAUUUACAGCUUUAUUAGAUGACUCGAGCACUGAUGAUGAUGAUCAUGGUGCAGAACGAAAAUCCAAUAAUAAAGUACCGGUAUCAUCUAUUGAAAAAAAUUUAGCAAAAAAUGAUGUUCCAAAGAAAGAUGAAUACAACAAUUUCACCAGACUUUUAGAUGAAUCGAGUUCUGAUGAUGAUAAUAAUGAAAAUGUAGAAAAGAAAUCUCCUGAUGAAGAACAACAUGUUGAUGUAAAUGACAGUGCACUGGUAAAUGAACUGCUGUCACAAUUUUCAGACGACGAUGAUGAAGAUUCGAGUUGCUUGGAUUCUGGACGUGGUGUCAGUCUUGCAUUAACAAAUCAGACUAUUUCUAGCUUAAGUGCACCGACAAAAAGUUUCAGCGACAAACAAAACCAAUUAGUUGCUCAGGAUUCUGAUUUAAUCACGGAUCUGGAUGCAGAGGAAGGUCUAGGUGACUUUUUCGACGAUUGGGAUGACAAUGAUGGUGGUAAAAAAUUGACGUUGGAUCUCACACAAUUUAAACGUUGUAAAAUUAUUGAAAUUAAGCGACUACUGAAGUACACACGCGUUGUAGUUGAAGAAAUUGAAUCUGCUGAACGUGCCGAAGUAUUGUGCUCACAAAAUUGGCAAGAUACAAAAUUUGUCAUUGACGAGCCGGUGAUGGUGAAAGCUAUAAAAUCUUUUGACGAAUGGGUUGUCAAUAACGAGAGCGGAAUGUUUGUCACACAAGCAGAUACUCUGGUAUCCGGAACGUCAGUCGUCCAGGGAAUAUUUUGUGAACGCCAGGGAAUUUUAGCCCAAAAAUUUAAUGGUAUAAAUUGUCUACCAAAUAUUCCAGCAAAUGAUAUGUCAAUGUCUUGUGGUGUUAUUGUCCAUGAGUUACUUCAGACUGCAUUGUGUAAUGAAAUUUAUGAUCUACAAGGUAUAAGGCAACUACUGAACAAUAUUUUGAAACAACCACGGAUUAUUCUAUUGGUUUAUUGUUCUAAUUUGUCGACGAAAAAUAUAAAAGAGUUAGUAGAUGAGUAUAUCUACAUGAUACAUCAGUUUAUGGAACGUUAUUUAAUUGGUAAAAAACCUGAUCAUCAAAAUGAUAAAGAGUUUAAUGGUAUAAUUGAGUGUAUAAGAGAUGUCGAAGAAAAUGUUUGGCUUCCUUCUUUGGGUGUUAAAGGUAAAAUUGAUGUGACCGUUGACGUAAGAGUCAAUAAAAAACUUAAAACUGUACCGCUGGAAAUAAAAACAGGACGUGCUUCUUAUUCUGCUGAACAUAAAGGACAAUUAUAUUUAUACAGUAUGAUGUUGAACUCUCUGGGUCUUGAUGUUAAUUCAGGAUUACUACUUUAUAUUAAAGAAAAUAGAAUGGAAGAGAUAAUGAGUACACGUCACGAGCAACGUGAUUUAAUUUUAUUGAGAAACAGUAUUGCUUAUUAUUUAUCACGACAACCGUUUGUUACAGAAACUAUUGAUGAUAAUGGUAAAACUGUUAAAGAUUGGAGAUUGCCUGAUUUACCAGAGCCAAUUAGUUUUGCAAACGCAUGUAAGAAAUGUACUUAUAAUUCAAUUUGCUGUUUAUUUGCUAAAAAGAAUCCUAAUCCUGAACUUUCAGAGUCGCAUCCGCAUGUUAAACUUACAGAAAAAGCUCUUCAACACUUGACAGAUGAUCAUAUACAUUACAUAAUGGCUUGGAUAUCAAUGUUACAAAUGGAGGAGUCUUAUAAUCGUACUGCUGCUGGUAAUCGUGUUAUUUGGUCACAAAAACCCAUUGAAAGAGAAACACAACGAAUGUGUUUGAGUUAUUUAACUCUCGUUAAGCCUGUUGUUAAAGAAGAAGACAACUGUUAUAUUCAUACAUUUGUACGGGGUGAAUUAAAAGACAAAGAUUUUGAAUUACCAGUUAAAGAUUUCACUCAAGUAUUUAGCAAAGAAGUAUACGUAAUGGUGAAUACUUGUAUGAGAAUAAAUAUUAUUACUGGAUAUGUUUCGGAAGUAACUAAAGAUUCAAUAUCUGUUGAAUUGGAAAAAGACAUAAGUAGGUGGAGCACUGCUGAAUUUUAUCAUCUUGAUGUAGUUGCUACGGCUACAACUCCAUACAGAGUACUUGGUACUCUUGCGACUUUGCUUGUUGACAAUGAUAUCACUAGAAAACUACGAAAAAUGAUUAUUGAUCGACAGCCAGCGUCAUUUAGCAGUGAAGUGCCAACAAGAUUGAGUUUUGGAGAGCCAGCUAAAAUUCUUAACACACUUAAUAAAUAUCAGCAGGAAGCUUUGAUAGCAGCUAUAUGUACUAAUGAUUAUGUUUUGAUUAAAGGAAUGCCGGGUACUGGAAAAACGCAAACACUGGUUGCAUUAAUUAGAAUUUUAGUCCAUCUAGGUCAUUCAGUAUUAAUAACAGCCCACACACACGUUGCAGUUGAUAAUAUUUUAAUAAAACUCCAGGAAAAGGAUAAUGAAAUUGAUUUUUUACGCUUAGGUACCAAAAACAGAGUUCACCCGAGCUUGUAUAGUAAGACUGAUGAAGUAUUUAUUAGUAAAUGUAAUACAGUCGAAAUAUUAGAUUCCCAAUUUCAGAAAAAGAAAAUUGUUGCAGUUACUUGCUUAGGCGCAAGUCAUCCCCUUUUGUCACGACGUAUGUUUGAUUAUUGUCUAGUAGACGAGUGUACACAAGCAUUACAGCCUGUAUUACUACGUCCACUUUUUAAUGCAGAUAAAUAUGUACUAGUUGGUGAUCCAGAACAGCUGCCAGCUGUUAUUAGAUACCAUGAAGCGAGGAAAUUAGGUAUGAACGAAACUAUGUUUAGUCGAUUGGACAGUGUUAAUAAUACACGUACUCUGAAGAAACAAUAUCGAAUGAAUCAAAAGAUUAUGGAUCUUGCUAAUAAAUUGACUUACAACGGAGAGCUUAUUAUCGGCAAUGAUCAAGUAGCAAAUGCUACGCUAAGAUUCACUAACAAAAAAGUUGUGGAGUCUAGCGAAGGUUGGGUAAAAAAAGCUUUAUCAUGCGACUUGGAAGACGCUGUAAUUAUGCUAGAUACUGAAGUUACUUACAAUUUACGUCUUAAUAUGACUUCGUCUGACGUACCUGAGGAUGAAGUGACUCGCUGUGUUAAUUACUGCGAAGCGGCUAUUAUUUUAAAACUUUUGAAUGUUUUGAGCGAAGCAGGUAUUGAAUCCACAGAAAUAGGAGUAAUUGCUCCAUUCACAGCUCAAGUUUCUCUGCUUAAGCGUUUGAUUGAGAAUAAAAUAGAAAUAAAUACAGUAGAUCAGUAUCAAGGACGGGAUAAAAGUGUGAUAAUUUUUUCGUGUACGAGAAACGAUCGACGUGAAUUUAAAAAAAAGGUAACAGAUUAUGAAGUUUUGAAUGAUCAUACCAGGAUAAAUGUUGCGCUUACGCGUGCAAAGCACAAGCUUAUUAUUAUUGGCGAUAGACAAAGUCUUGUAAGAUUUGAUCCAUUUGAAAAAUUAUUUAAUAUAUUAACCGAUGAGAUUUUAGUUUUAAAGCCUGAUUGCAAUGAUUUUGCUUGGGAUAAAUUAAGUAAGUUUAUUCCUAAACAAGAAAUUUUAUCUUAA